CGCGUGUCGUGGAUCCAGAGGCGAGCGCGCGCGCGAGGACGUUCGCGCGUGCGAGCGAGAGUCGCGGAGAAGGAAAAGGGGAGGGAGAGAUGGCGGAGGAGAAACCGACGGAGGCUGCGGCGCCGGCGGAUGCCGCGACCGGGGCCCCGCCCAAGGAGGAGGGCGCCGAGGGCGCCGAGGGCGAGGCGGGCGAGCCGAAGAAGAAGGAGCACGUCGUGUCCAUCGUGCUCAGCUACAUGAACGACGAGCACGAGAAGGCGGCGAUCGAGGUGACGAUCGACGCCUUCGACAAGUACACCAAGUACAAGGACGUCGCGCAGCACAUCAAGAAGACGUACGACGCGCGGUAUCCGUCGAGCGGCAAGUCCACGGACGGCGUCUACCACGCCGUCGUGGGGAAGCACUUCGGAGCUUCGUUCAGUCACGAGACGUCCAACUACAUCCACCUCAAGUGCGACCUUCACAACGUCAUCAUAUUCAAGUCGAAGGACUCGCCGUUCGACCUGGACGCGGCGAACGUGUAGCGAACGUGUAGCGCCGUAGCCGUAGCCGCGUAGCAGUUGUAAACGAACGCGCGGCGGGCUGGUCAGAAUACUGGUCAAGAUUGUUGGAACA